UAUCAAUGGACAAAGUUGGUUAGCGCUGGCAACACCUUAAUGCGCGGGCUUCAAACGAAAAAAUAGCCAUUUUGUCAAAGAAGUACGCAGUGGAAGCAAUGUAUAUUAAUAGAAAAAAAAGAUUUAUCGAUGAUUCGCUGAUUAAUUAAACUGUUAUCAAUCGUGCAGUGGGUGAAUGGUGAUCGAAAGAACACAAUUUCGAUAAAGAUUGCAUUUGAGUGAGCGGGAAAAAGGUGGUUUUCAUCGAAAUAGGAAAAAGUUUCGUGUUGGCUGCUAAAACAUUUAGCGCUGGGAAUUAUUUUUCAGUUGUACCCUGAAAAAUCUUUGUUUAAUCAUCCAAACGCUGCUUCGUUAUGGAGUAGCGGUUGUUUCGACAGAAAGGCUGUAAUUUUUGGAAAAAUUAACAGAUUGCAACCAUGCGUGAAAACAGUGACGACGUCAGUCCGCACGUGUGGAAAGAAUGGAUCCUCGAGGCCAUACGGCGCAUUCGGUGCCAGAAGCAGCGCCCGAGCGUCCAGCGAAUCUGCCAGGCGAUCGGCAGCCAUCACAAGUUUCACGAGGACAUUGUGGCCGAGAAGCUCGAGGAAGCGGUGGAAGCGGGCGCCGUACUGAAAGUAUACAACAAAGGAUUGCACUCCUAUAAAGCACCAACCAACACACAACGUCGUGUAACGGCAGUUACGAACAGCAGUGAUCUGUCACGUUUGGUAGCGAAAGCGGUUCGUGACCUGGGCGAGUGUGAUGGGUCGACGUUAAAGUCGAUCGAAAACUACGUUCAACAAACAAACAAUUUGAACAUCAUGUCUGACACAGACUACAACCAAGUAAUCAAAAGUUCAAUCCGGAUUGCACUUGCCGAAGGAAGCGUGGUGCAGGAAGGCAAACUGUACAAGCUUGGCAGUUCUGCUAAAAACGUGGUCAAGAGAAAAUCAAACUCUCCCAAAAAGAGAGACAAACCCAGCAAUGAAAUUCCUGCAAAGAAAUCAACAAACACCGUGUGCGUCGAGUGCCUCGGCACGGACACGAAAGGUCCAGCGGGCGGUCCGGAACCACUCAGUUCUUGUAACGGGUGCGGCAUGUCGCUGCACAACAAGUGUGCCAGCGGCGAUUCCGACCUGGUUCCGCCCCUUUCCGUGCUGGUGACGCGGGGCAACAAAUGGUUCUGCGAGGAAUGUCGAUCCUGUGACGCUUGCGCAACGCAGAACGAACGUGGGCCGUGCGUGCUGAGCUGUGGUAACUGCCCCAAGGCGUUCCACUUCUCGUGCAUGGAUCCCGGGUUAAGUGACUUGAAGAAAGUUAAAACAAUCUGGAGGUGCGUUGUAUGUUUGAACAAUUACAACAAAACCGCCAAGGCAGAGGUCGGUUCCCCAAGCAUUGAAACACAAAUCCGAAAGUUACCUGAAGCAUUGGAGGAAAAAAGAAAGAAGAAAUCAACACAGGAUAGGCACGUACAGCAAGGAGCUCAACCGGUCGAUUUGAACCAGUCUCCAACGGCGCGCCAUUCGGGUGCGUCGGUCAAGUCAUCAUCUAAAGCGAGCGGUGCUAAAAUUAGUAACGUUCGUCGUAUUAAGCAGCCCCAGUUAUCAUCUCCCGAGUCGCCGGAGCGGAAAGAGGAAUUGCCUGGUAAACUUUUCAAUUCAUUUACUUCUACCAUUGUUCCAACCCCGGUGACCAAGAACGUCACAUCCAAGAACGAAGCAAGGGUUCCAAGUCUUUUUCUCAAUGGAAAUGUGUCACACUCGUAUCGCUCACAAUUUGAAACAAGCCAGUCGCCAGCCGACCAUAGAAUGGUUGCAGGCGCGAACAGCUAUUCAAACGAUGAAAUGAAAUGUUCAAACUUGUCUGGUCCUCCCAAUAAGCGGUCCAAAGUAACUUCUAGAUCUGGCAGUGAUAAAGUUCACUCGGGUCCAAGCUUUUCAAAAAGUUACUCUAAUAAAGCAGGUCCCAUUGCCAAUUGCCGAGAUUUCAACUUGUCCGAUUCGUCCUCGGAAUCGUCAAGUAGUGAUAACGAAGACGAUAACUAUUCCUCAAGUGAGAGUUGCACGUCCAGCUCAAACAGUAAUGACUUAUCCGGGGACAGUUCGUCCGAUGAACUCGAGUUAAAAACUAACAACAACUGUGAUAAAAUGCAAACAAAUCCGGCAAUAUCUGGUAGUGUUAAUACCAUGGACAGUAGAAUAAUCGCAUCUCAAGCGAGCUCAAAGUCGGUAAUGACCAGCCAGAACACAGCAGCACUGGCGUUCGGCAGUAAUAUGUUUAGCAGCAACGAAUCGUGGGGGUUUGCGGCGGAGGCUAAGAAAAAUAUUGACAUAUUUUGUCCCAAAUCAUCUAGCGACCCAAAGCAACUGACUACGAGUAUCGGCUUACCAGCAGCGUCGGUUCUGUCGGAUAAAAAAAAUCGUCUAAACGUUAAACCGAGAAAAAAAGAUACUCCAACGGCAAAUUGCAACUUGUUCCAAACCGUAGCGUCCGCUACUAAUGUAGCAGUCUUAGGAGAAAGACAUUUUCAAAAGACGCAGAAUGCAUCAACUGACACUCUGUCCGCAGGAUCCUCGUUCAAAGAAACGUCCAAAUGUGUGGAAAAGAGCUUGAAAUCCAGCAAACAGAAAGCAUCGGCCUUAAAUUUGAAACAUGAAAGCAAGAAAACGACAGAAACUUGCAACAAAAGCACAAUUUUAAGCCGCUGCUUUUCAUCGUUGAAAAACAACCAGCAGCAAGCCAUCAAGGACAAUUACAACUUGUUCAUGAGAUCCAUUGGAGAGGAAGGAAUGCCAGACAAGCUAUCCCCGAGCAAGCUUGUUAAGAAAGCGAUCAAUGAAAAACACUUUGACCAGCACAAAAAGCGAAACUUAACGAAGACUGACCCACAAACGCAAAAAAUGUUCAACACCGCCAAGUUGAAAGCUCUCGAAGGCGACAAUAGUGAACUUCUUACAGGCGAAGCCCCAACAGCAAACAAGCAGAAGACGAAAUCUUCUUUCGCCACAGAUUCGGUUGGAAAAGCUGCGACAGAAUCCUUGCACCAUCCAUCUUCCUCUCGAAUUGAACAACCUCCGUUGCCGAAUGGAGUCACCAAGAACGACGUCGAUCUGUACAAAGAAGUUCGCGAGCAGGCAACGCAUUCGCUGGCCGAGCUGAUGAGUCUCAAUACCAAAGUUUCAUUCGUUCGAGACACCACACCCGAGCCUGUGCUGCCUAAAAAGCCCCUUCAAUCGUCCAAGCUGCAGUCACCGUCAAAGUUCAUGGCCGCGCAAGAGCGAUGUCCUGCUGCCAUAGAGUUUGGGAAAUACGAAAUACAAACCUGGUAUUCGAGUCCAUUUCCUCAGGAAUAUGCAAGGUUGCCAAAGCUGUUUUUGUGUGAAUUUUGCCUAAAGUACACCAAAAGUAAGGCGGUUCUUCAGCGGCAUCAGGACAAGUGCACCUGGCGGCAUCCACCGGGAACGGAAAUCUAUCGCUGCAACGACAUUUCCAUCUUUGAGGUGGACGGCAACGCAAACAAGAUUUACUGUCAAAACCUUUGUUUGUUGGCGAAGUUGUUUCUGGACCACAAGACGCUGUAUUACGACGUGGAGCCGUUUUUGUUCUACGUGCUGACCAAGUACGACCGGAAGGGCUAUCAUUUGGUAGGUUACUUCUCAAAAGAGAAACAUUGCCAGCAAAAGUACAACGUGUCGUGCAUAAUGACAAUGCCGCAGUAUCAGCGACAGGGCUUUGGAAGGUUCUUGAUAGAUUUUAGUUAUUUGUUAAGCCGGGAGGAAGGGCAACCCGGAACCCCUGAGAAACCGCUCUCUGAUUUGGGUCGUGUAACGUACCAUGCAUAUUGGCGGUCCGUAGUACUAGAAUAUUUGCACAAUAACAGAAGUCGGUUCGUUUCUCUGAAAUCCAUUUCACGGGAAACUGGAAUUGUGAUUGCCGAUGUUGCGCUUGCUUUUCAGUUGUUGAAUUUUGUCAAAUAUAUUAAAGUUGAACAGGGCAGCUUCAAGAUUUAUAAACCGGUCAUUUGCAUAGACUGGGACAUCGUGAACAAGAACAACGAGCGAUUGUUGAAAUCUAAAACCAGGCGAACAAUCGACAAAGAAUGUCUGCGCUGGACUCCGCUGCUGUUGGUGGCACCGACGUUUGUCGAAAGUGAUCUAAGUCCGGACCAUUUACCGGCAGAGGACAAAAGAUUGAAGCAAGAGAAGGUUGAGGAUCUUGCUCCAACUCCGGAGCCGGACACUGGCAAACAACAUCCAAUCUCGGUAGUGGCUGCUUUGCAGAGCGAUGUUUGCGAGGAGUUCAGAGGCGUUAAGAAGCGAGGCAAGAAAUCAUUCACGUCGUUCAAGGCCAACAAAAGAUUCAGCAGCAGCGAAAAGCGGCCGGUUAUUCCGGCUCAGCCAGAACCGUCUACAGCGCCAGUUCAAGAGAAAAGCGAAGUUCCAACUCCGGUUAUAUCAACGUCUGCGGCUGGACGCAAACGGGUUCGUCCCAACAAGUUCGAUGAUACCACGUACGAUUUGAUGGUAAAAUCGCCACCCGCAUCACAGCUAGCCACAACAUCCGACAAGCAUGACUUCAGAAAGCGAAGGCGGUCAGAUGUGGCAAACACUGGUGAAAGUGACCCAAAGCGAACCCGUCUGUCUACCGAUGCUGAGGCAGAAAAAGCGACAAAGCCGAAUGCGAGCACCUCUCGGAAACACAAGCAACGAGUUCCAUCGCCUGAGCCGGAGCUAAAACCCCCGUCCGAGUUGCGGAAAAACUCAGGACUGGCCAUGGACCAAAGUGAUACGGAAAAUGCCGCCAGCGAGGAGAAGCCGCUCGACGAGGAACCAGCUUGCCGAUCACCUGAUGUGCCACUUAAAAGCAAAAGGCGUGCUAUCCAGCGGCUCGGAAGUCGCAAUUCCACCCGGAUCGCUGCUUCGUCUGUACCUGCAGAAGAAGUAUCGAAGGAAAUGAGUCCAGUUGUUAAAAGACAGGCAACUCUUCCGGAGUUGCUUCGUGCCAAACAGGCUUCACUUUCGGCAAAGGAUAGCGGCAGAGCGAGUCAGGAAUCUCAAGGAAGCAACUCGAUGGACAUUUGUUCAAAGACUGAUUCGGAAGAAUCAAAGCCAUCGGAAGUGGAAAACCAGCUGAGCAGUAGUAAAGCUGAUUCAACGGGUGAAGUUUCGUCCGGGGAAGCCGAUGAUGAGAUGGAAGAAGAGAAUGAACGAACUUCAGACAAAGCUUCUGUUCUGACCACUACAAACGAACCUGUAACAAAGCAAGCCACCAUGUUGGUUUCACUCGGGCCGACCCAUUCAAAUGAACCGCCCGCCUUGGACGAGCCGCAAAAGUCCCCCGGAGAAUGUCGAGAAGACGAGCGAAACGAAACUAAACCAAUCGAUUCGGAGGUUGAUGCCGGAAGUGCCACUGAUAGCGUCGUCAAUCAGCAUACAAACCAAGUAUUGGAGAAAUCACCGGAAAAGAAGGAGGAAACGCCUGAAGCUGCUGUUGCGGAUGCAGACUGUGAGAAAAAGAAUGAAAACAGUCAAGUUCAAGUUAACGCCGAAAGCGAAGAACAGGAGAAGGAGAGUUCCCUCGAAGCGGCACCAGAGUUAAUAGCUGAGGGGACCAGUGAUCCAGACAAGCCCGUAGACAAUCCCGCGAUUGAUGGCGUAACUGAGAGCGUUUCGGAGAGUUCAAAGCCGCCAGGAAAAGAAGUUGAGCAAGUAGUCCAACCAAAUUCCUCAAAACAGCAAACAGAUUCACCAACUGAUCAAUCUGUAUCUCCCUGCAUAGAUCUGAAGGUAGAGGACUUGCCUGACUCACAGCGGUCGGAUAAUGCAUCGCCGAAGAAGCUAUCGCCGGAUGCGCCCGAAGAUGCGUUGUGCGAGGAGAAAAAGGAGAAAUUUAUCAACAGUACAAAUUGUAACAAAGAAAUUGUUGACGCAAAUAAAGAAGCUUCGCUGAACGAAAAAGUAGAACAAAUUUCCGUUAUAACAGAAUCCAAAUCAAGUUCCACAACUACUACGGAAUCGUCGGCGGAUUCCGGUGGUGUUGUUAAGCAAGUCGAGAAACCUAGUCCGACAAAACACGAGCAGCAAACAUUUUUUCUUCCCGUAAAUCAAAGCUCGGAAACCAGCGGCAGUAAUACAGCAAGUGUUUUGAAAAUAAAUGAAAACUAUGACAAGAACCAGGAAUGUCGAAGACCCAAGAUUAUUGUCGAUGUAAAGUCUAGCACUGAAAAUUCUAAGAAAUCUCCUGAAAAAGAGGUUCCUGGUGACAAUGUAUCGUUUGAGGGCGAUGAAAACAAAAAUUCCGUGAAAAAUCUGCAUAGGGAAACCAAGGCAGAAGACAGUGGCAAUGCAUGUUUGGAUAAUGUCUCGUACGUCGGCAUGGUGGAUAGCGCCGGAUCUCAUAAGAAAAAGUUCAUCAAAAGUGCAGCCGAAGAGGCCAACAAACUGGCCGAGACAGAUCAAAUUCCAAAGGAAAAGUCGGUGAUUCAGCAGUGUGAAGAUGUACGAUGUUUUCCAACGCUACCGGUGACGGUUGCAGUGAGCACAGCCGUAACCGUUCAAGCGAAAUCCUACGAACAAAGCAGCAUACCUUCCAUCAAGAACGUUGACGUGAAAAAGGAAACAUCACCAAAUAAAUUUCCCAAAACUGAAUCGUCGACUCAGUAUCGGCAACUUUCCCCAAACAAUGCUGAUAAAAUUGUGGACAACAAACCUUCAGUUGGUGCACACGAGAAUGAGAACUGCACAGACGCAAAAAAGUUCAAAGAGAAAUCGGUUGCUGUCGAUGAUACUAAAAAGGUGAAAUCUGAUUUUAAGAAAACGCAAAGCACAAACGUGAAGUCGGAAACGAAAAAUGAAAACGCGAAAGCACGAAAUGAACAAGAUUUAAGUAAUUUUAGUGGAAAUGUGUUGAAAAGACCAGAAACUAUCAAAAAGGAAUCACAGAAAAGCACAUCAUCGUCGAGUGUCAACAGUAGUGCAAAGAAUAGUUAUGGGUCAGAGUUGCUAAAACAAAACAUGACAAACCAAGAUGGUAACAAAAUGGGUGGUAACGUUUCUAGCAACAACGCAAAUUCCAGGACGGACAAGUAUGUUUCGAAACAUAACAUGCAUGAUACGAAAAUUGAUCUCAAUAAGAUAGCUCCACAGUUUCCUGCAAUUAAUCAACUACCCAACUAUCACACAACCUCUCAGUAUUGGCAAUUGGAUCCGUAUUAUCAAGGAUAUAAUUUGUCCCACCUGGAUGCCUCUAAUCAAAAAUCACCUAACAAGUUUCAUCUUGACCUAGCAACAUCGAUGGCGUACGGCAGUUUUCCACCUAAUAUAUAUCAAACAGCAUUCCAACAACAUCAGGAGCAACAAUAUCAGCAGCAUCAGCAAUCCUACCAGACAAAAGAGCGCCAGAACCAAAGAGUUGACAAGAAAAGUCAAAUGAAUUUGAACAGUGGCAGUGACAUACACAAAUCAAACAAAGCCAUGAAGGCAAUGGAAGAAUCCAAGUUUAACAAAAGUGCCACUGAACAUCAGACGCAACAGCAAAUGUCUGGUGUUAAUAUGACUGUCAACAUAGACGGUAUUUCAUGUGCCAAAUCGAUUCCUGGCCAAUACAUUAGUCACAAUCAAAUUAAAGCAAAUUCGAAAGCAAACAAGUUGGACAACAAAUCAAGUGAAAACUGUAUGCUUGUCAAGUCGAACCAGCAGCAACAGCAGCAGCCUAAUCAUCAAACUGCUCACACCAACAACCAGGCGGCAUCGUGUCAGAUGGUCGCUAUUCAGCAGCAUCAACAACAGCACCAUAAUCAGCACCUUUUGAACAAGAACAUUCACCCACAAACGAUCAACUCCAAAGGAACGUUCCAAAACGAAGAGCAACAGCAGCUAGGUCAACAGGACAAUACGAACAUUGUUGCGACCGAUAUCAAACAACAGCAGCAGCAGCAGCAGCAACAGCAGCAUGGAGGUGAGGUACAAGCCAUCGGUGGUUUUAAUUCCGAUGCGAAUUCGAAUUCAGUCCACAACAUGCACCAGUAUGGACAGUGUGAUUUGGAUGUAACCCAGUUGGGGUUGGAAUCUCCGGCUAGUAUUUCCACCGAUAUGACAGCUCAGAAUUCCGUCGAGAGUAUUCGUCCUGCAAGUGUUAUCCCACAUCAGGUUAACCAAUAUUCAGAUUGCUCAAUUCAGCAACAGCAGCAUCAAACACAAAUGCAACAGAUGAAUAUGCACACUCACGUACCAGCUUCAAGUCCACAGCACCAAACCAUGGCAAUAAUCAAUAAUCAAAGCAUUGAACAAUCCAACACUAGCGGGCGAGGGAAAGCUCAGUCACAGAUGCAACAUCAAAACAAUCGAACUUCUACAACAAAUCGUUCGUCUACACCCAAAAUAAGUAGAAAUACUGCCACUCCAGUUGGAAAUCAUCCUCAGCAACAGCAACAGCAGCAGCAGCAACAGCAACAACAAAGACAUCAAAACCGAGCUACUCCACCUGUGGGUAAUGCCUUGCAACCGUUAACCAGUCCUGGUCAGCAUCAACAGCACCAACAGCAGCAGCAGCAGCAACAACAGCAGCAACAGCAACAGCAGGCAAUGCAACAGCAAAAUGUCGUACAGCAUCAGCAUCAGUUGACGUUGCAGCAACAAAUGCACCAAUCGUAUGGUCACAUUUCGAACCACCAAAACCAUUCACAAAACAUGCAUCAAUCCGGCUACAUCACAUCACAGUUAGGAUUAUCUAGUCAAAGCUAUCCACAAUCGCCGACGUCAUACGGGAGCGUCCCCAUGACGACUGUGAUACAGCACAGGAUGUCCGGAAGCCACACGAGUUUGGCGACCCCCAACAGUUUGCACAGUCCGCACCAACGGUUGGGCCCGUCGCCGUCGUCUUGUGCGGUUUCUUCGGCUAAUAAUUUCUACAUCCAGUCAGGCAAUGUAAGCCAUACGCAGUCGCACACACCAAUACCGGCUUCGACACCAACGCCAACGCCCACUCCUACCCCAACUCCACAGAUGGAUAGCCCCUGUCAAGCCGGAAACAUUCAAGGAACCGUCAGUCAGGGAAACGUAAUCCAAGGUUCAUUAUCGUGCCUAUCCAAGUUGCAGCAACUGACGACUAGCGUGGACAUGGUAGGUCCGUCUUGUAAUACUCCUCCAACGGGAGCUGUAAACAUUACUCCUCCGCCGAAUCAUCACUCCCAUGUUGGUGGCUCGAUCACGCCGUCGCCGUCGCACAUGAGCAACCAAAAUGCGGUGAGAAACAUUUCGACUCCACCGGCAUCAAUACAAACUCAAAUGCCUUCGCUGAACUAUCACAAAUAUUACACCGGUAACAUGAACGUAGCACCGAUCACGGGGGCACAAAACAGUAGCGGCCGAUUGUCUCGAAACACUGCGUCUGCCCCAAUUCAACACAUGAGCAACAGUUCCAGCCGGGUCAGCCCUAACGUGGCCAUCAGUCCGAAUCUUAUGUCGCCUUAUAGCACACUGAAUACGUACCGAAUGUCGGCAGCACAAUCUUCAACCACUGGCGGUUACAUCGCAAAUCCGGCUGCCGGGUUCAUCAAUAAUGCUGCUCAAAUUCCGGUCCAAAUGGGUGUAAUGAACAUGCAAUCGCAAUAUCAAGACCCUUCGGCAAUUCAGAGAGCACAGCAGAAUUCGAUGUAUCCGGCGGCCUAUUCCGCCUAUUUACCUGCUAUGCGGCGAUAGGAGUAGCAGAAAUAGUGUGUUUUGUUAUGCACAAUCGUUUUAUUCGUAUCUUCUUUGGGAUCAGCUCUCUUCAACUUCUUGAUUGGAUUUAAUUGUUCUAGUUCAGCGAAUAAAGUGUGCUGAAAUACCUACUUCUGGAAAUAGUCAUAUGGCAAGUAUUCACUUAUCGUCGGUUUGUAUAAAAACGGAAAGAACAAUAUUGCAAGCGUACGCAACAUUUCGAAUCGUAAAAUAACUUGUAUGUAGUUAGUUGUGUAAGCAAAAAUAAAUUAAUAAUAGAGUUGUACAUUUGUAACAAACGUAA